UCUACAGCGGACGGCCCUUGUAUGGUUAAUGUAAAUAUUCUCAUUAGAAGCAUUAGCAAAAUUAGUGACCUUGACAUGGAAUACUCGGUACAACUGACCUUUCGCCAGACUUGGAUUGAUAGUCGCCUCAAGUUUGACGAUAUGAACGGCCAGAUUCGCUACCUUGUGCUAACUGAGCCAGGCAAGGUUUGGCGGCCUGAUCUGUUCUUUAAGAAUGAAAAAGAAGGCCACUUUCACAACAUCAUUCUGCCCAAUGUGUUACUGCGUAUUCACCCUAAUGGCGAUGUGUUAUACUCCAUUCGAAUAUCGCUUGUUCUUGCCUGUCCAAUGGAUCUCAAGUACUACCCACUGGACAAGCAAGUGUGCCAAAUUGAAAUGGCCAGCUACGGCUAUACAACCGAAGAUUUAAUGUUUUUGUGGAAAGAAAUCUCUCCCGUCCAAAUUACCACUGACCUGCAUCUGCCUCGAUUUACCUUGGAAAAGUAUCUAACUGAUUAUUGCACCAGCACAACUAAUACAG